GUAGAGAGAAGGACCUGCGCUCGGCGCGGGCUUCGCGCCCCCACAAUGUCCUCGGCGCCCACCAGAAGGCGCCCCAGCGCUCUCCUUCCCCGCGCGUAGCCGGAUCCUCCGCCGAACCAGCCCGGGAGCUGAGCCGCGCGGAACCGCGAACUGAAGAGCCGGGCGGCGGCCCGACCUCUCCCGGCCCGGCAAGUGGAACAGGGCCGCCUCCAGCCCCAUGAGGACCCCCAGGCUGGGGCUGAGAGCCUGGCGCAGCCCGGACCGAAAUCUUGCGGCGGCCUCAGAGCGUUAGACAGGUCAGUGCCCGGGCGGGAUGAGGGGCCGAGCCGGAGGCGGGAAGAGGCGCGCACGCAGGUCCACCUUGUCCCCCCGCACAGCUUCCCGAGGCCACUCAUGGGGUCACCUCCGCCGGGGCCACCCAGUAGCGCGGGCGUGAUUCUGCAUUUUUCAUGACAGGCAAGGUGUGGCGCUGCCCUCUGCAGCCCAGCCGGGGCCAGGUGAUGCUCGGACUGAGGGGUUGGGGGAUGCGCGGGCCAGGGGAGGUGGCGGGCUCGGGAACACCCGCUAUUCUGAUAAAAUGGUACUCUUCUACUUAUGAGCCGCCGCAUCGAAACCACUACCUCCAACGUUCUCUUGCUUCAAGAUGCCCGGCCUCAGGCGUGAGAGGAAAGCAAGAUGCGGGAGAGGGAGAGAAGAAAGGAGGCCGGGAGACCCGAGGCCCGGGAAGUGAGGGGAGGGGACAGGGGUACCGAUUCGCUACGCAAAUCCUGGCGCGCGAGAUGUGGAAAGCCCCGGGUGGCCGGCAGGAGCCUCCGGAAGCGCGGGGGCCCCAACCCACGCCUUCGCUCCCCACCUUUCUCACUCUCCCAUCCCUACCGCCCACCCAGGAUGCGGCUGGGCCGCCGGGCCCUCUGUGUGCUGGUCCUGCUGCUCGCCUGCGCCUCGCUGGGGCUCCUGUACGUGAGCACCCGGGUCGCGCCGGGCCUCCAGGCACCUCUUGCGCUGUGGACGCCCCUGCAGGGCAACCCCAGGCCAGAAUUGCCAGGUCUUGCCCCCGAGCCCCGGUACGCACACAUCCCAGUCAGGAUCAAGGAGCAAGUGGUGGGGCUGCUGUCCACAAACAACUGCAGUUGUGAGUCCAGUGGGGGGAGCCUUCACCUCCCCUUCCAGAGGCAGAUCCAAGCCAUUGACUUCACCAAGGCCUUUGACCCUGAGGAGCUGAGGGCUGCAUCUGCCUUGAGGGAGCAGGAGUUCCAGGCCUUCCUUUCAAGGAGCCAGUCUGCUGCUGACCAGCUGCUCAUAGCCCCUGCCAACUCCCCACUACAGUACCCCCUGCAGGGUGUGGAGGUCCAGCCCCUCAGGAGCAUCUUGGUGCCAGGACUGAGCCUGCAGGCCACUUCUGGUCAGGAGGUAUACCAGGUGAACCUGACUGCCUCCUUGGGCACCUGGGACGUGGCAGGGGAAGUGACUGGAGUGACUCUCACUGGAGAGGGGCAGCCACAUCUCACCCUCGCCAGCCCAGGGCUGGACCAACUCAAUCGGCAGCUGCAACUGGUGACUUAUAGCAGCCGAAGCUACCAGGCAAACACAGCAGACAUAGUCCGGUUCUCCACCGAGGGACACAAAGUUGCCUUCACCAUACGCAUAAGACACCCACCCAGCCCUCAGCUGUACCCACCUGGGUCUCUACCCCUGGGAGGUGAGACUGCCCAGUACAACAUCAGCGCUCUGGUCACCAUUGCCACUAAGACCUUCCUUCGUUACAAUCGGCUACGGGCACUCAUCGCCAGCAUCCGCCGCUUCUACCCGACAGUCACAGUGGUAAUCGCCGACGACAGCGACAAGCCAGAGAGCAUUAGAGGUCCCCACAUCGAGCACUAUCUCAUGCCUUUUGGCAAGGGCUGGUUCGCAGGCCGGAACCUGGCCGUAUCCCAAGUAACCACCAAGUACGUGCUGUGGGUGGACGACGACUUCGUCUUCACGGCGCGGACACGACUGGAGAGGCUUGUGGACGUGCUGGAGCGGACGCCGCUGGACCUGGUCGGGGGCGCGGUGCGCGAGAUCUCCGGCUUCGCCACCACGUACCGGCAGCUGCUGAGCGUGGAGCCCGGCGCGCCAGGCCGCGGGAACUGCCUCCGGCAGAAGCGCGGCUUCCACCACGAGCUCGUCGGCUUCCCAGGGUGCGUGGUCACCGACGGCGUGGUCAACUUCUUCCUGGCGCGCACUGACAAGGUGCGCGAGGUCGGCUUUGACCCGCGCCUCAGCCGCGUGGCGCACCUGGAAUUCUUCCUGGAUGGACUUGGUUCUCUUCAGGUGGGCUCCUGCUCAGACGUUGUUGUGGAUCACGCAUCCAAGUUGAAGUUGCCUUGGACAUCACGGGACGCCAGGGCAGAGACUUAUGCUCGGUACCGUUACCCGGGAUCCCUGGAUGAAAGUCAGGUGGCCAAACACCGCCUGCUCUUCUUCAAACACCGGCUCCAGUGCAUGACCUCAGAGUGACGGCCACUCGGGGCCUUCCAACCGUCAGGCUGGGCCUACCUCCUUGCACCUGCCAGGAAUAUCUAGCAAAGCCCACCAGCCAGUGACCACUCCACUGACUGUCUCCAAUCUCCUUCAGAACUUGAUCCCAAAUAGGGGCUUGUCCUGGUGACAUUCCUCCUUUCUGCGAGUGCCCAGGGGCAUGAUGGAGCCAUAACUCAACCCACAGCCAGUGCCAAGUCCUCCUCCCACCCCCUUCCCAUAGGGCAGGAAGUGGGGGGUUGCUUUCCAAGUGCCAAAGAGCCCAUGGGGACUCUAAAAUCCUAAAGCGGAAACACUCUCAUCUCCUUGGGACCAAGGGGGUGGGGAAGCCCCCAGUAUAUAUUCCCAGGGCUGGGGCCUCCCUCGCAUCCCUGGAUCCAGGACUCUGUGCAGCGACUGCAGCCCCACCCCAUGGAGAGAACUGGUGACGGGAGCUGGUGUGGGGACCAGUGAACAUACAGCAUCUGCAAAGGUGACACCACUGCAGUCUAGGACUACCACUCUGACAGGCUCAGCAACUAGGAUGGCAGAAGGCAGGAGUACCCAGAUGCCUCCAUGGGUUGUGCCCAAAUCUCCCUCAUUGUCAUCCCAUCUCACCUGCAUCAGGUGGGCCGUCUGUCUUUGGAGCCUCCUGUGAGUAGAAAAGGGUAGUCACCAUCUCUGAGACACAAGCACGAACAUGCACCCCUUGAGCACAAUGACCCCCCCCAGAACACCCACCUGUCUCCCACCCCCAAAGAAGCCACAUGCCCCUUUGACCAAGUCCCUCACCUUGCCUCCUUCUCCAAGCCCCAGGUGCCACUCCAGGAUGCGGCGAAACUGCCCACGGGUCCCGAAGUAGAGCGGUGUUGGAUAGCUCAGGAUGCAGAGCCCUGGGACCUGGAGGAGCUAAGGGGUCAGAGGGUCAGUGAAACAUCCGAGUCUAAUCUUCCCUUCCUUCUUCGGCUGUAGCCCACCCACCUUGUGACUCUCUCUGAGUGGCCUGUAGAGCUCUGUCCCCUCAGCCAGUCCAAGUGCCAGGCACUGUACCCUGGGCGGGAAGCUGGGGUCAGAUUCCCAGCCUGACCUGGCUGGAGAGUCACCCCAGGCACUCUUUUCUCUUCCCUCCGCUCAUCUUGACUCCCCUCAUCUCUACUCCCACCUCUGGGUGCGGCAGACCACAGUCAUCAUGGAGAAGACCACACCUACAGCCAGGCCCAGGUCCACACUCAGGGUCACGACAGCCACCCAUGUGACCAUCCACACAGCCUGCAGGACAUGGAUGGGAGCGAAAUGACCAAAAGAAAUGCCAGGCCAUCCCUGCCAGGGAAAGUUGUCCAGGGGCAGUGACUGCCGGGGCAAGUGAUGGGGAGGGAUGGCCUGGGAGAAAGUAGAAACAAUGACAGAAGGAAGGAACGGGAUGGACCUAAUAGGGGAUACACACCAAGUGUAAUGACCCCAGACCUUGAACCAUCUGGGGAGUUACAAAUAUUCAGGUCUGAAGAGGUUCAAGCUCCACCCUUCACCUUGUCUCUGAGUAAAGGGAUUAGGAGGUAUACAUGUUGGGGGGGGGUGGGUUGCAGAACUUAGGACUGGGACAAUUAGCUUCGAUCAAGGGCAGAGGCUGGGGACGCUGGUAAAUGGGAGGGGGCAUCCGAGGGUAAUGCUGCCAUUUCUCACAAAGUCCACGCGGCUGAUGCGCCAUAGUUGUGGAAGUUCUCGCAUCUGGAAGAACAUCUGGCGCAUGCUGGAGAUGUUGAUGCAGGCCAAGACAGCCUUGGGGCAGAGGAGGUAAGCUGACCACCCCAGUGUGGAGGGAUGUCGCCACCCAUCCCAGCCACCCCUCCACCUCCUCUGCUGCUUACCUUGGGCAGAUAGUAGAAGAAGGGCCCCAACCACAGCAGGACAGACAGGACAACCAUACAGGAGAAGAGGCCUGCCACCUAGAGGGAAGGAGGGACGGAAGCAAAGAAGGGAGGGAACCUCACCCACCCCCGCGUGAGAGUUGGUCUCCCUGCCUACUCUGCCUCAUCCUCCUUGGAAGUCUCCCUCCUCCCAAAUCCCCUUCCACACUGAUACUCCUCACUCCUCAACCCCCUGCUUGAUAUUCUGCCGCUCACACCUACCUUCCCCUCCCCCAAUUAAAUGCCUGUCAUUUGCUGGUCUGCCCCAAGAUGCAGUUCAACAUCCCUAUUUUUGUAGCUGACCUCCAUCUUUUUUUAAAAUUUUAUUGGAGCAUAGUUGAUUUACAA